CUCUCUAGUUGCUGCCGGGAUUGGCGCUGUGAAAAUGCGGCAUGAAUGCGGCUUUUGGACCGGGUCAUUACGGGGAGAAGGCGAGACAAAGUCGUGCCAUGAUCUUUACUUUUGUUGAAUCUGUGGACCUUUUCUUGAAAAUCUUUUUUUAUAGAUAAACGUCUUCGGGCCUGUCUGUCCCCGGGAUCUUGAAAUCUUUCCUUCUCCGCAUAUAACCAUUAGGCAUAUAUAACCUUGAUUUCCCACUGCUUGUUUGUUUUCCUACGGAGUAUCACUGCUACUGUUUUUUUUCAUUCUCCAAGUUCCUGUCGUGUUAGUGCUUGAUAGUGUUUUGAAAGUGUCUUUGUUAUAUCUUCUUGUACUAUUACCAUCUACCCUUGACUUCCACUCAGAGCAGCCAGCAUCUUCAGCAUCAACUCAGACAAUGGCCUUGACUGCCCAACAGGUCAAGCUAGUCAGGGAUACCAUCCCAGCCCUGACGGAGCAUGGAGAGCUCAUUGCCAGCACCUUUUACGGCAACAUGCUCAGAGCCCACCCCGAGCUCAACGACUACUUCAACACGGUCAACAUGGCCAACGGCCGCCAGCCCCGGGCCCUCAUUGCCAUCAUCCUCAGCUUCGCCAACAACAUCACGCACAUCACCGAGCUGAUCCCCAAAAUGGAGCGCAUGUGCCAGAAGCACUGCUCGCUGGGCAUCUUGCCCGAGCACUACGACAUUGUGGGCAAGUAUCUCAUCGCCGCCUUUGGGGAGAUCCUCGGCCCGGCCAUGACCCCCGCGGUGCAGAUUGCCUGGAACAAGGCGUACUGGGUGCUCGCAAAGAUGCUCAUCGGGCGAGAAGCCCAGCUGUAUCACGACUGGCAGCAUUGGCAGGGCUGGCGGCGCUUCCGCGUCCAGCAAAAGGUGGAGGAAUCCGACGACGUCUUCUCGUACUAUCUAGUCCCCGAGGAUGGCAAGCUGCUGCCGUCGUUUAUGCCGGGCCAGUACGUCUCGGUGCGUGUCAUGGUGCCCGAGAUUGGAUACUGGCAGAACCGGCAGUACUCGCUGAGCGAGCAGCCCAAGCAGGACUUUUACCGCAUCACCAUCAAGCGUGAUCGGGGAGCGCAGACGGUCCGCCAGCCGAGCUAUCUGUGGUCCUCGUACGGCACGCAUCCCGGCGUCGUGUCCAACAUGAUCAUCGACCAGAAGAACGUCGGCGACAUUCUCGAGCUCACGCAUCCCGCGGGCGAGUUCUUCCUCGACACCUUCAGCACGGCCAACGCGCCGCUGGUGCUGCUCUCCGCCGGCGUGGGCGUCACGCCCAUGGUGUCCAUCCUCAACGCCGUCAUCGACAAGCAGCCCAGCCGGCCCAUCUCCUGGAUCCAAGGGUCGCGGGACUCGGUGCCCUUUUACCUGCACGUGCGCAAAAUCGCCCGCGACAGGCCCAGCAUGAAGGUCAACAUCUUCAAGACGCAGCUUGCGGACUCCGACCUGGCGGGCAUCACGUACGACCACGACGCAAAGAUUGACCUUGCAAAGGUGCACCGGGAGGACCUCUGGCUGGACAACUCGACGACGGAGUACUUUGUCUGCGGGCCGGAGCAGUUCAUGAUGGAGAUGGCGAAGCGGCUGAGGGAGUUUGGCGUCGGCAGCGACAGGAUCAAGCUGGAGCUGUUUAGCACGGGCGAUACCGAGUUCCAGGUCGAUGCGCUGAGUAUUGCUUCGGGCCGGUCGUUGGGGGCGCCGAGGUCUGGAGUGGCUUCUGGAGCGGCAUCUACGAAUAGCGGCGGCGAUUAGAGAAACGACGACGACGACGACGGGGAGUGUUUAAAGACAGCAACGCAAACGCAACGCAGAUUGCAUAUUACAUCAAGAUGAUUUCUACACAACAAUUAACGCAAGUCAAGGAAACGAAACGUAAUGGGUCAAAUUGGUUGGAGCAUAGAUGGUAGAUAAACCCAGGCAACAUGGAAAGGGAUUUUGAUUGGAAUGGAUGGAUGGAUGGUAUUCUUUUUUUGGAACAACUUUUUUUUUUUGGAAUCAUGCAUUGUUUUUACAAGAAUGGUGGUUAGAGAGAGAUGGAGCAUAACGACAUGUUUGAAUAUUGAAUACAACACCAUUUCUCCUCCUUUGAAGCACCUGUACGUAUUAGAAUUGGAUAAUACCUACAAGAGAACACAGCCACAUGACUCUCCUGUACCUUA